AUGUACCGGAUUUUUGGAAUUGAUGGUAUCAUCUUUAAGAAUAAUGAUCAAAACAAGAGAAAACAUCUUGAUCCAAAAAUAGGCUUGGAUUACAACCUCAAUUCAGCAGUAGAUGAAUUGGAAAAACGAUUUAAGCAGGGAGUAUAUAAUAAACAAACUAAAGUUCUUAGAUUUGGAAGAAAUGAAAGUUUUGAAAGGAGCGCGGACUCAGAAUUAAGGUCGAGAUUAAAGAAACUGGAAAAUGAAAUAUUCCAAACAGAACAAAAAAUUAAUGAACCAAUAAAUGAUGCUUGGCAAUUUUCUACCUUGCAAGCAAAAUCAAAUCGUUUGAAAGCUGAGAAAAAAUUCAUCAUUGAUGAGUUGACAAAAUUGACUACUACAAACAGUAG